AUGUUAUCUAGUAGUCUCAGAAGUAAUAGCAGAAUAAUUAUAAGAUCAGUUUACAAACAAUCAAUCAUUAGAUCUUUUCAAACACAGCCUUUCAAACAACAACAGAAAAGCGCAGCUACAACAAAUAAUAACGUUACUAUUCCAAAUAAAAACGUUAUUACUACACCCUAUUUAAAUAACUAUAAAAAAUAUUAUCAAUUGUUACAAACAGCAAUUCAAACCACACCAGAUGAAUUAGUAUCAAAGUCACCAAAGCUCGUUUCUUUACAUCACAGGUUAAACUUACCGUUGAAUUUUAAGCUAUCUACAUUAUCCAGGUGUUUAAAUUGUCGCAGUAGCUCCAUUAGUGAUAAAUCAAGUGAUAAUCAUGGUCUGAAUAUUUUAGGUAAGAACCUAUUGACAUUUUAUGUGACAGAACAUUUAAUGAAGAAAUAUCCUCGUUUACCUACUGUUAUAUUAAAUGCUGCUAUUGAUGCAUACAUUUCUUCUGAUGUUUUGUAUCAAAUUGGCAAACAUAUAUGGGGUAUUGAACUUGAAAAUGAUACGAUCAUGAAUAGAUAUUUGUCUAAAGAACCAAUUUAUCAUACGUUAGGUAAGCUAAGAUUCUAUAAUAAUAUAUUACCAAAGGAAAAGGGCAUAGAAGUUAUCAAAAGCAAAUCUUUAAGUGAAAAAGAUGCGUAUGGUUUGGCAGUGAGAAGUAUAAUUGCAGGGAUAUAUAUACAAGCAGAGAAAUCACCUUUAGAAGUGGCAGAGAAAUUCAUUUCUGAACAUAUUUUAUCUAGAAAAUUGGAUGUUUCUGCCUUAUUCCAGUUUGAACAGCCAACUAGAGAAUUAGCUGUUUUAUGUCAUCGUGAAGGUCUUCAACAGCCUAUUAGCAGAUUAUUGGCUGAAAAUGGUCGUUUAUCUAAAGCACCUCUUUUUAUUGUGGGUGUUUUCAGUGGGGGUGAAGAAUUAGGUCAAGGGUAUGGUAGUUCCUUGAAGGAGGCUAAGGCUAGAGCUGCUACGGAUGCCUUACUUAAAUGGUACUGUUAUGAGCCCACCACAAAACAGGCGCCUGUUAUCGAUGCAGGCCCUGUGAUUGUUUAA